UUGACAGGUGUACCCGGAAAGAAGUACGACUUUUCGAAAAUGGCGAUCCACGAAAGUCGUUACCGAAACAGAGGAAAGUAGAGCUGACUUUCGUCCAAGUCCCGACUGGACCGAGCUGUGGGACGGGCUUGGUGAUGCGUAUAUAACGGGAAUAUCAUCUGAUUUAAGGAUGAACGGCGUGAGGAUGGCACGAGAGGAGGACGGUGUGACGGCAGACUCUUACACCGAAAACCUCAUUGGAACAUUGUUAGCUAUCUUUGGAAACCUGUUGGUCAGCAUCUCAGUCAGCAUUCAGAAACAAAGUCAUGUGACGUUGGCAGGAAAUAAAGACCCGAGGCAAUACUACUACACAAAGACCUGGUGGUCUGGCCUGAUGCUGAUGGUUCUGGGGGAGGGCGCCUUGUUUGUGUCUUACGCAUUUGCACCGCUCUCUCUUAUAGCACCACUUAAUGCUGUGUCUGUUAUAUCAAGCUCCAUCUUGGGUUUCCUGUUUUUGCGGGAAAAGUGGAAGGCACAAGAAUUCUUGAAGCGCUACAUCUUAACUUUCCUGGGCUGUGCCUUGACGGCAGGUGGUACUUACCUCUUUGUGACGUUUGGACCAAACUCUCACGAGAAGCUGAAUGCGGAGAACAUAGUAAAACAUGUUAUCGGCUGGCCCUUCCUCUUAUACUUGCUUCUGGGGAUCAUUACUUUCUGUCUGGUGCUGUAUUUCUAUAAACAGCGGAAUGCUAACUACCUCAUCCUGAUUCUGCUGCUGGUGGCACUACUUGGUUCAGUGACUGUAAUCACAGUGAAGGCGGUUUCAGGAAUGAUUGUGCUCAGCAUCUUGGGUCCUCUACAGCUGUCCUAUCCCAUUUUCUAUGUCAUGUUCGUCUGCAUGGUGGCAACAAUCGUCUUUCAAGCAUCAUUUUUAGCACAGGCAUCUCACCUAUAUGAUUCCUCUCUCAUUGCCUGUGUGAAUUACGUUUUCUGCACAACAUUUGCAAUUGUGGCAGGGGCCAUAUUUUAUCAGGAGUUUAACCACGAAGAUGUUCUGCACAUAUGUAUGUUUCUUUUGGGGUGUGCUAUAUGCUUUCUUGGAGUGUUCCUGAUCACUAAAAACAAGAGGAAGGCCAAAGCUUUUGAGCCAUAUGUCACUAUGGACAUGGCAAAAGGCAUUCCGACCAUUCACAACAAAGGCUGGGCUGUGCAGCCAGAUUAUAACGGCUCUUUUUCAUAUGGAGCACUGGAGAACAACGAUAGUGUGGCUCCUGUGACGCUUCCGGUGGACCAAGAGCUGUCUGUCUCUCCCAGUCCUGUUAGCCCAUUCCAACCAUCAGAACUGAAAAAAGACUGAGCGGAAAUGUGUCUGAAGUGCAAUUAAGACUGAUUUUACUUGAGAAAUGCUACUGUGUGUUGAAACAUUUGCUUAUUCACAGCACUUCUAGAGCACAGUUCCAGAAUAUUGGAUCAUUCUAGAACUUUCUCUCGUCUGAUCCUGAGCCGGGAAACCAAGCUAUAACAGACUUACUGUAUGUUAGAACAGUGGUUCCCAACCCUGGUCCUGGAGGCACCCCAACACUGCACAUUUUGCA